CUUCACCAUAGAAUUGCGUGCCCAACUUUCUAUACUAUUUAUCUCUCUAUUUUCCUUUUUCUUUACACACACGCGUGUAUAUGUAUCUACAUCAGAUUCAGCCUUUCAUAUCGACCACCAAUUGCCCCAAAACUGGAGAUUGAUUCUGUAAUUGCUGUUUUAUCUUUUACCUUCAACUGAUUGACACUGUGAUCGAGCUUCUGAUUAUUGGAUGGAGGAUUCAAACUCGAUCGCUGGUCGACGCCUUACUGCAAUUCACAGCCAUCUUCUUACGUCAACCGACAAUACCCACUCUCAGAUUGAAACCAAUAGCACUGCCGGAGAAUUCUUUGAUGAGCAAAGAUACAGUGUUGUUCUUCCAGAGAAAUUGAAGGAAGGAAAAUGGAAUGUAUACAGAUCUGCACGCUCUCCAUUGAAGCUUCUUACCAGAUUUCCUGAUCAUCCUGAUAUUGAAACAUUGCAUGACAGCUUUGUAUAUGCAGUUGAUACAUACCCAGAUUACAAGUACUUGGGUUCACGUGUACGAGUAGAUGGAACAGUUGGCGAGUACAAGUGGAUGACAUAUGGAGAAACAGCCACUGCUCGUUCUGCAAUAGGAUCUGGCCUGCAGUAUUAUGGAUUAUCAAAAGGAGCAUGCAUUGGACUUUAUUUGAUAAAUAGACCAGAGUGGAUGGUUGCAGAUCAUGCAUGUUCAGCAUAUUCAUAUGUUUCUGUGCCUUUAUAUGACACUCUUGGUCCUGAUGCUGUUAAGUAUAUCAUAAAUCAUGCUGAUUUACAGGCGGUUUUUUGUGUGCCAAGUACAUUGAACAUCUUGUUGAGCUUCUUAUCUGAGAUUAGUAGUGUACGUGUAAUAGUGGUAGUAGGAGGGGUAGAAGAACACCUUCCCUCUCUUCCGCAAACAUCCGGUGUGAAACUUGUAUCUUAUUCAAAACUCUUCAGUCAGGGUCAUAAUAAUCUUAAACCUUUUUGCCCUCCAAAGUCUGAAGACAUUGCAACCAUAUGCUACACAAGUGGUACUACUGGAACACCAAAGGGUGUGGUUCUGACACAUGGGAACUUGAUUGCAAGUGUCGCAGCUAUGACCUUGUCAAUUAAAUUCAACUCCACAGACAUUUACAUAUCUUAUCUUCCACUGGCACAUAUCUAUGAGAGAGCUAACCAAAUUAUGUUGUCAUACUGUGGUGUUGCUGUUGGUUUUUACCAAGGGGACAAUUUGAAAUUGAUGGAUGACUUGGCAGUUCUAAGACCAACACUUUUCUGUAGUGUACCUCGUCUCUACAAUAGAAUAUAUGCUGGGAUCAUGAAUGCUGUAAACACUUCUGGGGUUUUAAAGCACAGACUAUUUACUGCUGCAUACAAUUCUAAGAAACAGGCGAUAAUGACGGGUCGAAAGCCAUCACCAAUUUGGGACAGAUUGGUAUUCAACAAAAUAAAAGCAAAAAUUGGAGGACGUGUCCGUUUCAUGGGCUCAGGUGCUUCGCCUUUAUCUCCUGAUAUCAUGGACUUUUUAAGGGUAUGCUUUGGAUGUUCAGUUAUUGAAGGGUAUGGUAUGACGGAAAGCUGCAGCGUCAUAACAAUCAUGGAUGAUGGUGAUAACUUGUCUGGUCAUGUUGGUUCUCCUAAUCCUGCAUGUGAGAUAAAACUUGAUGAUGUACCUGAGAUGAAUUACACCUCUGAUGAUCAGCCUCAUCCUCGUGGAGAAAUCUGUGUUCGUGGGCCCAUCAUCUUUCAAGGCUACUACAAAGAUGAAGUCCAGACAAGAGAAGUACUCGAUGAUGAAGGCUGGCUUCACACAGGGGACAUUGGAUUGUGGUUACCCGGAGGACGCCUUAAGAUUAUUGACAGGAAAAAGAACAUAUUUAAGCUGGCACAAGGCGAGUAUAUAGCACCUGAUAAAAUUGAAAAUGUAUAUGCCAAGUGUAGGUUUAUUAGCCAGAGUUUCAUAUAUGGUGAUAGCUUCAACUCAUCUUUGGUGGCUAUCAUCUCGGUUGAUCCGGAUGUAAUGAAGGAUUGGGCUGCAUCUCAGGGCAUAAAGUAUAAUGAUUUGGGACAACUAUGCAAUGAUCCAAGGGCAAAAGCAGCUGUUUUGGCUGAGAUGGAUGUUGUAGCAAGGGAAGCUCAGCUGAGAGGUUUUGAGUUUGCAAAAGCUGUUACCUUAGUGGCUGAACCAUUUAGUGUGGAAAAUGGCCUUCUUACCCCUACGUUCAAGGUGAAGAGACCACAGGCAAAGGCCUACUUUGCAAAGGAAAUAUCAAACAUGUAUGCGGAGCUUUCAGCUAUGGAUCCCACUCUUCAUAAGCCAUUAUGAGUGCUCCUUCCUUAGUUCCAUACAAAUUGUUGUUAUUGUAAGGUUAAAUUGUUGAAUUCGACAUUUAAAACACCAAAUUAUAAAAAACAUUUUUACAGUA